UUCGCUUCGGCUCAGCCUGCCCGCUCAGCUUGCCAGGCGGUCCGCUCCCGCUCCCGCUCCGCAGCCGCAGUCCAGUCGCGCAACCGGCGCCGAGCAGUCGAACACCGCAGCAGCGUAACCGCAGGCCAGACCUCCCACACCCACCCACCGGUCCGCCCCUAGUCCGCCCCCUUCCUCCCCAAGAUGGCAAACAGCAGCCCGGAAAUCAAGUACACCAAGCUCUUCAUCAACAAUGAGUUUGUGGACAGUGCUAAUGGAAAGACAUUCCCCACAAUCAACCCAGCCACAGAGAAGAAGAUAGCAGACGUUGCCGAAGCUGGAAAGGAAGAUGUAGACAGAGCGGUUGCUGCUGCUCGUGCAGCUUUCAAUCGGAAAUCCGAGUGGCGAACAAUGGAUGCUUCUCGACGGGGAGAUCUAAUGGUGAAGCUGGCUGACUUGAUGGAGACAAACAAGAACUACUUAGCCAAUCUGGAAUCCCUCGACAACGGCAAGCCUUUCAAUGAUUCCAUCUUUGAUAUGGACUGCUCCAUCAAGACCAUUCGGUACUAUGCUGGUUGGUGUGACAAGAUACAUGGCAACACCAUCCCUGCUGACGGUAAUGUCUUGAGCAUCACCCGUAAAGAGCCAGUCGGAGUUGUCUCUUCCAUUAUCCCAUGGAACUACCCCAUUCUCAUGGCUACCUGGAAAAUGGGCCCAGCCCUUGCAACUGGAUGCACAAUGAUUCUAAAACCAGCCGAGCAAACACCUCUGUCUGCUCUUUACCUUGCCCAGCUGGUGAAAGAGGCUGGUUUUCCUCCUGGUGUAUUCAAUGUUGUCAAUGGCUAUGGGACAACUGGUGCUUUCUUGUCAUCUCACAUGGAUGUGAACAAAGUGGCAUUUACUGGAUCAACUGAGGUUGGCAGGCUCAUCAUGGAAGCUGCAGCACGUUCAAACCUGAAGAGAGUUACCCUUGAACUGGGAGGAAAGAGUCCACUGGUUGUCUUUGAGGACGCAGAUGUUGAUGAGGCGGUGAACAUUGCUCAUAACGGCAUUUUUGCCAACCACGGACAAAACUGUUGUGCAGCAUCUCGUACCUUUGUGCAUGAGAAAGUUUAUGAUGAAUUUGUAAAGAAGGCUGCUGCUAAAGCUUCGGCACGGAAAGUCGGAGACCCUUUCACCGCUGGUACAGAUCAGGGACCUCAGGUUGACAAAGAAAUGUUUGAAAAAGUUACUGGUCUUAUUGAAUCAGGCAAAAAGGAGGGUGCCAAAGUAGUGGCUGGUGGAGACCGUGUUGGAAAAGUUGGUUACUUUGUUCAGCCGACUGUGUUUGCUGAUGUACAGGACAAUAUGAGAAUCGCACGCGAGGAGAUCUUUGGGCCAGUUCAGCAAAUUCUCAAGUUCAGUUCUAUGGAGGAAGUUAUCGCACGUGCCAACAACACCACCUAUGGACUUGCAGCUGGAAUCAUUACUACCGACAUCAACAAAGCACUGAAGUUUGCUGAGUCUGUCCUUGCUGGAUCUGUUUGGGUGAACUGUUAUGAUUAUGUGGUGCCCCAAGCACCUUUUGGUGGCUUCAAGCAAUCUGGCAUGGGAAGGGAACUGGGAGAAGAUUCUCUCAAGGAGUACCUAGAGACCAAGACUAUCACCAUUCAGCUGCCAUCACCAUAAAGUAACACUGAAUACUCAAGUAUACAGAUCUGUUAAGUGUCUUUCAUGAAUUUAACUUGUUUUGUAACUGUUUAAUGAACUAUGUAUGUAAAGGAAAAAUUGUUUCAUUAUAAAAAAAGAGAAAUACCAAAA